AUGUUCGGAAAAGAAAGGAUCCGUAAAAGGAAAUUGUUAACUUUACAGAAAAAGGUUGAUAUCAUAAAUAUGUUUGAAAAUGGUGAGAAAGUUAACCAAAUAUCUAAGAACCUUAAUCUUUCUAACUCCACUGUAAGCUCUAUUAUAAAAGACAAAAAAAGAAUUAUAGCUGCAUCGAAAACUGAAGCGUUUCUUGAUUCCUCUACCAUAAUUCGUAAACGGCAUGGCAUUAUUGCUCAAACAGAGUGUGCACUAAAAUCAUGGUGCGAAGAAAAAGCUGGGCAUAGUUUACAUUUGUCGCAGAAUGAUAUUUGCACACAAGCUAAAAUUAUCUAUGAAGAAUUAAAAAGAGAUUAUGGAGAAGCGGCUAAAAAUAAUUCCUUUUCAGCUAGUAAAGGCUGGUAUUUACGCUUUAAACGUCGAUGUGUAAGCAAUAUGCUAACAGAAUUUCAAGAGGAAGAAAAUCAAGAGGGAGAUAGCGACAGAGCGGAAGCAACAUCUAAAAAAGACAGAAAAGAGGCAAAUAAAGGAAGAAAUAUAAAAAUUUCUGUUGAGUCUACAUUCUCCGACUACUUAAAAACAAUAGUUGAAAAAGGUUUGUAUACUCCGCAAACGAUUUUUAAUGUAGACGAGGUCGGCUUAUAUUGGAAGAAAAUGCCCGAAAACAGUCAUUUGAAGGGACAAGGUCAAACCGUAAGUGAGUUUAGCGAAUCGAAAGACCGCCUCACAAUGUUGUUAGGAGGAAAUGCUGCGGGCGAUUUAAAAUUAAAACCUCUUGUGGUAUAUCGCAAAGAAAAUCCGAAAGCUCUUCAAAAAAAGCACAAAUGUGGUUUGCCCGUUAUAUGGAAGUCAAAUCCAACGGCUAGCAUGUCGGCUUUUUUAUUCGAAGAUUGGUUUGGAAACUACUUCAUUCCUGAAGUUGAACGUUACAGUUAUGCAAACAAUAUUGCUUGUAAAGUUCUUUUGGUUAUAGACAGUGCAAAUUGUCACUCUCCUGCAACACUCAUAGAUUUCGAUCAUCGUGUAAGAGUUGUCUUUCUACCGCAUGGAGAUGCCAGCAUAAGCCAGCCAAUUCAGGAAAUCUCAAAUAAAUUCAAAACUAUUUACACCCGUCAUGUUUUCGAAUAUCUCGUUGGAACUUCUAGACAAAAUCACAAUAUCACAGCUGAAGAUCUGUGGAAGGAGUUCAAUAUAUUAGAUGCUAUUCGGCUCAUUGUGGAUUCAUGCACUGAUAUAAAUAAAAACGAUUGGAAACAAUCUUGGAAAACCCUUUUCCCAUUUUUAUAUAAUGAAACAGAGUUAGGUACUGAAUUUAAUUCAAUUUCAGAAAUCAUUGAAGAAAUUAUAAGUUUGGCUCUAGAUUUAGACAUGAAAGUUAACAGGAAAGAUAUUACUAACUUACUUGAUUCUCAUAAUAAGGAUCCUACAAUUGAAGAACUCAUUGAAAUGCAGGAAUUCAGUACCAACGAGGAAUUAGACGUUCAGGAUCCAUUACCUCUUGAUGCACCUAUGAAUAUCGAAAAUCUUACAGAAGCGUUGAGUCACAUUAAAAUUGGGCUACAAAUUUUAGGAAAUAUUGAUGUAAAUGAACAAAGGGCACGUAAAACUCGGCUUGGCGUACUAAAACUGGUUAGUGAAUAUGAGGAAAUAUUAAGCGGCAAUAUUAAAUCUAUGGCUCGUCAUGAUGAGUCCGGAGAUGUGUCGUCUACUUACAACAACGAAAUAAAUCAAUGUCAUAAAUUCUUUGGAUUUUGA